AAAAAGCGAAAAUGAAAGGGGGGGGAAAGGGGCAUAUAUCGAGGGUAUGUUGUUGCUUGUUCCUUGUUUGAUUAGCUAUCAAUCAAACAGGUCAUGUCAAAUAACCAUCUCCCUCUCUCUUCUGCUUUUGCCAAGCUUCCAGAUCAUCUCCUUAUUGAAAUUUUCAUUCGCCUCCCUAUCUCUGACUGGGGAACUCUCUCUUGUGUUAACAAGCAAUGGGCUCAUCUCUUUCGCCAAGACUUGCUCUGGAAUGCUGCUCUUCUCACCACUUUUCCUCUCGCUGCUCCUCCCCACCUUAACAGAAACACAUGGCCAGGCCCUAUUCCUCAAGGCUUGACCAAAAGGAGAUAUACUGCAUUGUAUGUCAGCAAACACAUCUUUUCACUUGGUGAAAAUUUGGAUGACGAGAUUGUUGGUCACGUUUAUUUAUUUCUCAAAGAGCAGCUUGAAAUUUCAAAAAUGCCCCCUUUGUCUGGAGUACUUCAUGGAACCAUCAUAGAUCAGUUUAUUGCCUGUGAUAAGUCGAGGGACAUGGCUCAUGAGCUUGCUUCAAUAAUCUGGCUGGCUGUGGUUGACAAUUUGGAGGAGAAUGAACAAACAUUUAAUUUGCUAAAGCGUCUUGCAUCAGAAGGGGAUGUGAUCUUACCUUUCCCAUAUUCAAGGUCUUAUAAAGUCCAAUGGAGAGUGUUUGAAAGGCUUUUCACAGACUUCCGCGACUGCUUGAAUCAUGUGGAGUACUGUGAUCUAUUGGCAUGUGCCAAGCAAAAGUUUCAACAAGUACCAUCUGCUUGGUUGGGCUACUAGCAUAGAAUUACAAAUGUAAACAAGUUCAAGUGUGUGUUUUCCUCCUUUUUAUAAGAAUAAUGUAAUUUUGCAAGACAUAUAAAAAGGAACAUGACGGACAAGGUUAUGAAUUGUAAAGACUAAUGUUUGAAAUGAAUGUCCUUAGUUUCAACCUCUCAAA